UGGAGCCAAGGGGAGGGGCGAUGCAGAAAUGCCGAGUCCAAGGCUGCUGGGCUCGAGGGGGCGUCCGGGGGAUGAAGAGAAGAGACGAGAAGUCCAGGGAGGAGGGGGAGAAGUGGUAAGAGGCCAGAUCGGCGGGAACAAGGGCAGAAAGGAAGGCAGAGCUAGGAGUAGCGAAUGGAGGAAGGAGGGAAGGAAUGGAAUGAAGGAAGGGAGCUGGACUCAGGAAGCCCCAGGAGAGGUGAGCAGGGAGCACCUCCAGUUCGGGGAGAGGCGGGAGGUGAGCGCGGCAAACAAACAGCUGUUCUCCGAGGGCAGCGCACAAAAAGCGAGCCUUUGUCUACUGUUGGUACAGGUGGACGCUGCACCCUGGCCCCCUGGCCCAGGCGCGAGAUGGGGGUUGAGGGAGAAGCGAAUCUUCCUGCAACUCGUCGUCAUCCACCUGGGAGAGGUGGCCAGAAAGCCCCAUUCUGUAUCCGCGCCUGGGCUAGCUCAGGAGAGGCGCUCCGGGCUGCUGGGUUGAGUGGAGGAAGAGGGGUGAACUAAGUUGGGAAACUCAGGCGAGGGAAACCUGGUCAUGGUUAUGCCAGGGUGUCUGCAGGGGACUUGAGAAACUAGACUGAGGCCUGGAGAUCCCAAGCCCCAGAUCAUGAUAGACCCUUUAAGAGAGGAGAAUUGGAGCUUGAAAUCUAGUUCUCAGAGCAAAAGGUACAUCACCCUGCAUGUCUGGGAUGAGGUGGGGAGGGGAACUUAAAUAGAAAAUGAAGCUUAGAAGCCGCCUUGGAGUAGCCAGGGCCUGGCACUUCUCACAGCCAACCCCCUUCUCUGUGUCUCAUCCCCCAAAGGGGCUGGAUCAAUUCCCCUGGUUAUCCACGUGGAAGCUCAGCUUCUGGCCCAAAGGGGAAGUGGGACCCCACCAGGACUUAAAUUUGGAUCGCUUCCUUCCCCAUUUGCCCAUUUGCUGGUGUUUGUUUGUUUGUUGUAUAGCCAUCCUUCUUUGCUUCGGAGGGCUCAAACAUGAUCAUUACGAUCAUUACGAGUAGAUUGCCUUAUGUUGUAAAAAAAAAAAAAAAAAAAAAAUCUUACACCUGUGUCACAAUUUCCAGGGCCUGGAAGCUAUGUGGUUAGGGUUUGCUUCAGUUGCCUUUUUGUGGACCUUCAUUGUUGGGGGAUUGUGGGGUGAGGAAAUCAGCCUCUAAUUGUUGUUGUUGUUGUUGUUGUUCCCACUUUUAAAAAGUAGUAAAAUUGUUAGACUUUCUCAUGCAACACAAGAAUUGUGGAGGUGGGAAGGGAGGAGAGAGAAGGGGAGAGAGACUCAAAUUUUAACAAAUGAAUCCACAGAAAAUUUAUGUUUUUGAUAAAAAUCUGUAAGGAUAGAGACACUGAAGAGAAUAUGUAAUCUUCCCAAACUGAAAGUACCAUAUGUGUUCAGAGACUGGAAACUUUUACUGGGAUAAUUUGUCACAAAACAAUAAAAAGCUAGGAGACUUGUGUGAAGGGAAAAAGAAUUGUUUCUGAAGGCUGCUGCCAUAGGAGAGCUGGAGGCCAGACUUUACUAGAUUAAUGAUGGUAAUGGCUCACACAUACAUGGUAAUUAGGUUUCUUCUUGUUACUACUUCCUUUGUAUUACUAUUUGACCAGCUUAUGAGAGAGGGUCUAUGAUUGUACUAUUUUGCAGAUAAGGAAAUGGAGGUAUAGAAAUGCGAGAAACAAACAUUUCUGGAAAUUUUAUUUGGGCAUUAAUUGUUCUUAAAUGUAAAGGAAUAAAUCUCUUUGACUUUAUACUUUAUCAUGGGCACAAUUGGACAAGUAACUUCUAGGGAUCACCCUAGAAAAUGACUUCUUGGUAUGUUACAGACUAAUUCAAUCCUAAGAGAGGCAAAGAUGUGAUCUUGGAGUUUAACAAUAAAUGACAUUUGAGAAAUGGAUAGUAUACCCACGUAUCUAAACCUUUGUGGUUUUAUGUGAGCUAGUGGAACACUAAGGACAAGCACAAUAAGCAGCCACUUGUGAACUUGGGUGUUUUCUUUUUUUAUGGCAUUGUCUUUGCUCAUUUCAGUAGUGUUUUUCAGGCAUCUGUGUAUUAAUUCUUUUUUUCUCCUUAUUCCAUUUUUAAAAACGUAAUCCCCCCUUUAUUUUUGCUUUUUACAUAUCCAAAAUGAUGAUUUCUACUUUAAAAAGCCCAAAGGUUUGAUGUCUAAUUGCAUAUUCUUGAUGUACAUCAAAAUAUUAAUAUAUUAAGACAAUAAUACAGCCUCUAAAAAGGUGCUUCCAUCUACCCUAUAGGAAGGACAGGGGUGGAAGAGGGGUGACACUCAAGAAAGGAGAGGAAGGUCUUUUAAGAGCCAGGCUUUGUGCUAUUAAACCCUUUGCACAUGUGAAUCUCAUCUAAUCUUCACAUAGUACUUUCUGCUAUAGGUAUUUGUUAUCUCCCUGUUAUGGAGCAGGUGAUGGAAGCUCAGAGUAGUUAAGGAAGGGAGCCAAGAGUCAAACAACUAGGAAGUGACAUUAGAACCAAGUCUGCUCAAAUCAAAGCUCCUGCUUAUUACAGUAAAGGUGGCAGAAAAAUAUAGAUAAUUGGGAGGGAGGACAAAAACUUAAGAAAAUAAGAGGGUUAGAAAUGUUGUUACACAACAUAGGAUUUGAGCAAUGGGAGAAAUGGAAAAAAAAUCCUUUUCAUGUGACCUGCUAAUCUUCCUCUGGUCUUCCUCCUGCUAUUUAUAUAAUGACCUAAUUCCACUCAUUCAUUCCGAGAAUAAUCAUUGAACAUCAUUAUCUUCCAGGAAACAUAGCCCUAACACCUAGCAUGGUGCUGGGAUAACACUAGGUGCUCAAGAAAUAUUUGUUGAACUAUGAAGUAGACUAGUAGAAGAAAGAAUAAACAAGUAAACAGUUGCUCUACAUAAUGAUAAAGACCAGGGAAAAUUCAGAUUUGAGCACUUUACCAUAAAAAUCUAGCUUUAUAAUUGGUCAGGGAAUAAUUCCAGAAUUAUUUGAAUCACUGCCUCAGGCAGGUUUUGAGGCAGAAAUAAUAGACAAAGAAUUGGAGAAAGUGGGAAGAGGACCCUCAAUGAAGAGACCUCCCUGAACAAAGAAAGAAUGUCAGAGACACUUUAGGAAUUUAGGAGUUCAGUACUCAGGAGUAGAGAAUGGGGUUGAGUAUGGUCAGGGAGGACCCUGGGCAUUCUCUCUGUAAAUGUCCCUUUGAUCUGCCCUUCCCUUGGAUUUUGGAAGUGACCUGUGCUAACAAAACAGAAUAUUUAAAUACAGGGAUAGCAAUACAUUUUAUCAUUUCAUCAUUUUAUUAUGGCCUCAUAACAAUGUAUAGAUUUUUAGACUCCAUAUAAUGUUAGAAUUUUUAAACCUAUGCUCAGAUGGGAAGAUUAGGCUUUGUUGUCUACUGUUUGGAAAUGCCAAAUUAUUUUUCUUAUUAUUGAGGGUAUAUUCUACUCUAGUGUGGAUACAAUCUACACAACACAGAAAAGAUGUCCAAACAAAGUUAUUCGGUUUUUCUGGGGGACUACUGGGGGUGUUUUCAUUCCUGAUUUUAGUUUUUUUAGUGGCUUUAUAUUUAAUUUUAGUGUGUUAUAGAAAAGUCAGGAAGUAAGACUGUAACAGUGAAUAACAUCACCCGCCUAUCUCCACAGUAGAGUGUUUAUGCCAGUUAAGAUUUUUGCCUUUUCAUAACUUACUUUGAAAAUUUAACUCCCAGUGUCUCUUCUUUUUUAAAGGAUAUUUUAUAUACCAUUUUGCAUUGUAGGCCCAGAGGUCUGUGGGUCUUUACCACAUUCACACUUAUAAAACACCCUUGAUCACAACGUUAUUAGGAAGGAAAUUCUGAGAAUAAAUGAUAUCUACAAAUUACUCAAAACAUAGUUUCAGUUAGUAGAUUAAAUACUCCACACAUUUUAGCAUUAAAUCCUUGGGAAGAUAUCUUUAUAUUUCUGAGCUUCAGUUUACUCAUCUGUAAAAUCAGAAUCAUAAUGCCAUCCACCUCAUGGGAUUUUGAGGAUUAAAUGCAUUAUCACAUGUAAAUGCUUAGAUGAAGUUCAGUGCAUAGGAGGCACUCACUACACGCUUAUUGUUAUUGCCUCUGCCACCCAAAGCAUUACUUGCAAUGUUAACAGCAGCUGUCUACAUCAAAUGUUUUUGAUAGUAUAUUUUCCUCUGUCAUAACUAAAAUGAAGGAAAUAAGAGAGGAAGUGAAAAAAGGACUAAAUAAUACUCAUGAAGGACUGUCCAGCUCAGAGAAUGAUGGCAUUCCCUGUAUGACAUGAGUGAAAUGUUCCCUUAGUUCCUGUUGGUUAUGUCAUGCUGUGGCUCCUGACCGAUCUAGGAUGUAUCUGUCAUUAAAAUGAACAUCAUCUUCAGUUCCCCUGUUUGUUUCAUUUUUGUCUCUUUUGUUCACUCCUGUUACCCACUGCCUUCUCCAGUGUGUGGCACAGGCACACACACUUCCUUGUGGAAGGAAGGAAGGUAGGCAGAGAAGGAGGGAGGAAGGAAGGAACAUCUGCCUCUUUCCCUUUUUAAUGAUAGUAUUUUUCUUCCAAUAUACACUUUUUUUAAAAUUUAACAAUUAAAUGCCUGUGCACUGUUGGCAGUGGAAAUAUUUUAAAAUUAAAUUAUUUAUUUAAUGUGGAUUAUUGCUCAUGAUUAAGGAUGCAGGCUUGGGAGUGGCAGUGCCCUAGUGCCCCAGAUAGGAGCCCCAGUGCCAUCCUAGAGCUGUUUCUGAGUUCAGAAAUCUGAGUUCAGGUUGUGAGUUUGGCUGAAUCAUUUGAAGUCUCUGGGUUCAAAUUUUGGCUCUCCCACUUUUUACCUGAGUGACCCUUGAGCAAGUUAGUUAACCUCACUGCUUCACUCCUCAUCUGUAAAGUGGGAGAAAUAACAGUUCUUACCUCACAGGGAUUUUACAAGAAGCAAAUGAGUUAAUAUUUGCAAAGUAUUUGGAAUUGUAUGUGGCACUCUUAUGAGUGACAAUAGACUUGUUUGUUAAACAAUUAACAGAAACCCUAGUUUCCCAAUUAGACAUAGUAGUACCUACCUUAUGAAAUGAUCACGACGACACUGCCUGGCAUGUGAAAAACAAUCAUAUAUUAUUUCUCCAAAUCUUAUUGAAAAUCUUUAUUUCUAUAAUCUGCAGUAGUGAUCUGGGUCCUGAUUUAGCCUUUCCAUUUUUCGGUCCAUGAAAGUCUGAUUGAGUCUACCUUACCUUUCGCGCAAAGUCUUUUCACCCACCCAAUGUUUAUCAUGUCAUUUUGCCGUGCGUCAUUCGCUCCUUUUAAUCUGCAUACUCCUCAGGACAGGGACUUUGCUCUUUGUUUUGUAAUAAUUUUUAUAACACUGGGUACACUCCGGGUACUAUAAAAAUAUUGAAGAAGAAAAGAAAAAAAAAAAAAAAAGAGAUAGUUCACCUAAAGGCAACUUCGACCCAGAGCUGGCCCGACGCACCAAUGUGUGCAGUGUCGGUUGCUGGAGGCGCGCUGUGGCCUGUGGCUCCCUGGCUGCGUGGCAGUGCAGACUGUGGGGCAUGCGCCGCGGGGGUGCGCGGGGAACUUGAGCUGGGAGGCGGCGCCCCGGGACACUGCGAGAGGCCGCUGGCUGGGGACACUGCACUCACACAGUUUUCGGCGGACACAACAUCUUUGUUUGUAUGUGGUGCUGAGGAUCGAACCCGGGCCGCACGCAUGCCAGGCGAGUGCGCUACCGCUUGAGCCACAUCCCCAGUCCCCCAUAUACUUUUUACCCAGUUUCCUCCAGUAGUUACAUCGACAUACUUUCAGUACAGUAUCAAAAUCAGGAAAUUGAUAUUGGUACAAUGUGUGUGUGUAGCUUCUGUGUCAUUUUAUUGCAUGUGUAGAUUUGUGCUGCUAUCUCCAUUCAAGAUUCAGGACUUCCAUCUCCAUGAAGAGCUCCCUUGUACCACCCUUUUAUUGCCACACCCACCUUCUCCUCCUGACCCUUGGCAACCAUAUGUUUCCUGAUUCUGUAUUUUUAUCAUUUUUGAGAAUGUCAUGUAAAUGGAAUCAUGGAAUACUACUGUUUUAUUUUAAAAUAAGAUUGCAUUUUUUUUCUCUCUGUUUAAUGCUCUUAAAGAUCCAUUCAAAGUUUUCUGUAAACCAAUAGUUUUGUCUUUUUUUCAUUUUUGAGUAGUGUUCUAGGAGUAUUUUUUGUUUUUUUAAUCUAUGGAGAUACUUAUUUGACACUCAAUGGGACUGAAUUUCACCUGAUGAGGUGGAAAGUGGGAGGACACAAUUUGAACAAGUUUUUCUUUCCAAAAUGGCAUUUGUGUGUUAUAGUGCGAAAGAAUGUGUAAUGUACCUUAAUUUAAAACAGACCCCUGUCUAUGCCCAGUGGCGCACAUCCAUAAUCUCAGUGACUGGGGAGGCUGAGGCAGGAUGAUUGCAAGUUUGAGUCCAGCCUUGGCAACUUAGCCAGACCCUCAGCAAUUUAGUAGACCCUGAUUCAAAAGAAAAAAGGGAGGGGGGGGGCGGGGGAAAGUGGGUUGAGGAGGUAGUUCAGUGGUAAAAUAUUCCCGGAUUUGUAUCCCAGGACCAAAAAUAAAGAAAUAAAUAAAACUGAUCACUGAAGGAUUAAAAAGGAGAAAAGGAAAAGGAAAGAGAAAUUUAUGUACUCAGACAAUAAGGCAUAACCCUGUACCUUGGAAGUUUUUCAUAUCCUUAUGGCAAUCUGUUCUUUGAUGGUUACCUUUCGUUAAACAACUCAGGUUUCCUGAAACUAACAAAAACAAAGCCUCUGCCUUAGGAAAAUUCCUGUCAGCCUUUGCUCUGUCACAUCACCUGACCAAAAAAAAAAACAAAAAAAACCUGAGGAAUAGGCAUGACUGUAAAUGACAAAGAGUAGCUCUUUGGGUUGACAGCAGUCACCAAGAACACAAAACAGCAUCUCUAGCCCAAGGGCAUCUAUCAAGAUCAGGAUGUUCUUGGAGACUGUCAGAUAACACUAUUCUGGCCCUUUGCCCCACCCACCUACCUACAUUUCUCAGUAUUUGUCUCAUUUUAGUGGAAGCUGUUAUCCUUCCCAUAUGCACUAAAGCUUGAGCAAUCUGAAAACUGGAAGCUGCCACUAGCUAGGGAAAGUAUGUUACUGCAGGAUGGUGUGCAGACGCCUUAGGCUCCACCCCUUCCUUCAGCCAGUGCUCACUGGAAAGCUCCCUCACCACACCCACCCCAUCAGCAGAGGGGAGAAGAAAAUACCCACUAUGAUUCAAAGAGUUUGCAAAUAACCCUUUCUUUGCAUUUUUAGAAUUUCACAUUCUGGACUUUCAGAGUCAUGUUGUUAAGUCACAGAAUAAAAACCUAUUAUCAGUCUGGAACCCUGACUAGUCUUGCAUCUAACUCAGUGCGCUGUCUUAAUUCUUCAUUUUAAUGAUUUCUGUUACCAGAGGAAUAUUCCUUAUCCUACACCCUGCCAGAGAACAAAGGAUAGGUAGAGAAUGGUUCUAAGAUCUAAACAUGAAGAAUUGUCACAGCUAAAGUAAUUUAUAACUCCUUUACAGGCAGUCUGCUUUUCUGAAUCUUGCAAGAUGCAAUUGAAUUCUUAGUCUUGUCUUUCUUUAUGAUUUAUUUUGAGUAAACAUUAGAUACCUGUGUCACUUUGCAGUGACACUUCUGGGGCAUAGCUGCUGAGCGUGUGUGUGGUCCAAAGGUCCCUCAGCAUGGGCAGGGUAGUUAACUUAGUCCUGUAAUCUUGAGGGAGAAACUACUUUGUUGCAAGUCAGGCGACUGAAUAAAAGCCCACUGACUUUUGUUAACCUCUUUCAUGUUUUGCUGUUUACUUAUUUGACUAAUGAUUACAGCCAUUAGGAAGGUGUGCUAGGAAAUGUAAAUAUAUUGAUUGUGUUUCCAACAUUGUAGGCAUUGAUUUUUCUAAAGGAUCAUGGGAGGGUGGUUGUUUUCUUUUAAACCACUUCAUUCAAAAAGAAGAAAUAGAGUUUUCUGAAGUAAAAUAGAAAUGUCGCAUUUACUAUAUGGAUGUAGACAAAGAUCAAGUAUUAGUUGUAUAAUUAUUUUCAAACUAGUUUGUAACAUUCUAGCAAUAUACACACUUUGAAGAAUGAAAUAUUUAAUGCUUUACAUUAUUCUUUAUUUCAAAAUUUCUUAAAGUUUAAACUCCUCAACCUGUCAGUCAAGGUCAACCUCAGCCAAAUUCUAUGUAAACAUUUCAUUUUAGCUCAAGUAGAUGCCUUUUGUUUUGGUGUUACUUGGGUCAAACUUCUGAUCCCAUUUCUCCUUCCUGGGAUCCUUUCUCUUCUGUCAGAAGUCACACAUUCUUCCUACAUGAAAUCUGCUCACCCUUUUCUGUCUGCCUCAGCUAUCAUGCUGAGCUCUCCGGUUCAAGUCACAAAGACCUGAAGACUGCUUUAUAAAUAGUAUCUGCUAUGGUUUGGAUCUAAAGUGCCCCACAAAAACCCAUAUGCUAAAGGCUUGGUUACCCCCAAUGGCCCUUUGAGAGAUGGUGGGACUUUUAGGAGGUGGAGCCUAGUGGUAGGAGUUGGGUAAUUGGGGACGUACCUUCAAAGGGGAUAUUGGGAUCCUGGCUCCUUCCUAUGUCUUUCUUUACUUUCUGGCUGCCAUGAGAUGAAAGACUUUGCUGCACCACAUGCUUCUCACCAUGAUGUUCUGCUUUGCCACAGGCCUAAUGUGACAGACCAACAGAGAUUGGCAAUUCAUGCCUUGUGAUAUAGUUUUUCAUGUUUCAAAUUUUUAAAAAAAAAUCUGCUUUGAGAUACAAAGGAUCAGGCUCAAGAAAUAUCUCACAUCUAAACCUAGUAAAUAAAUUAAUGUUUCUAGAAGUUUCUUCAUGUUGAGCAUUCAAAUUAGUCCUGUUUCUGGGUCCACACUGGGAGGUAGAAAGCAACCCCUCUAUGCCAUGAGUUCAGAAAGGCAUUGGAUAUUUUGGUGGAACAAGACCACAGAAUGUCCCCGGUAUCUGUUUGUUUAUUCACAGCAAAGGAGUGGUUUGCAAUUAUUGAAGCUGUCGGAGAGAAAGACCUUGGAAGUUUUUGUUGAAAAAAGGUGGUAAAUUUAAAUAUAAUCGUAUUUACUAUUGCCAUUUAAAAGUGUGUAAAAAUAUUAUUUUAAUUUUUAUAUAUAGAAAAAUACUUUAGUCUUGGACUCAACUCUGUAUACUCUAUCUUCCUCAUAAACUAUUAAGUUAUUCAACCUCAAAUUCUCCUGUCACAGACUUUUCAGGAAUUUUAUUUUCUCAACUGAUAAGAGGUAUUCUAUACCAAGAUCUCCCAAUUCUUCUCAACUAUUAUUCUGUACAUAGUCACUUUUUAAAACAUUUGACCAGAAUUAAAAUGAAAAGUCUAUUGAUGCCGCUUUUGUAAUUCUCUCAAUAAGGCAAACACAAAUAACACAUGCAUACACACACAAGCACGUGCACACAAACACAGAGGAAUAUGCAUAUUUGCACAGGUAUAUUUCAGAAUUUCUAGCUUUGUGAAUUCUUUUGAUUUAUAAAAGAUUAGAAAACCAGUUCAAUAACUAAUGUGAAUACUUUAAAAAAAUUGUCCCUUUAUUCUCCACCAAGUUUAAACUGAGAAAAACAAAUGUAGGAAGCACACUUUUUAAAAGUCAAGAAAUAGUCAAAAGGGAAAGUCAAGAAGUAGCUGAGUGUGGUGGGACUCAGGUUGCCCAGGACUUGGUCCAUUGAACAUACCAGCUGGGAUGAACAGAAAGCCCACUAUAUUAUAAAGCACAAACGCUUUUCCUACAAUAAAAUAGAAGAAGGGUUUUGUAUUUCAGAAACAAAGGAUUUUGUUUAUUUUUUUCUUAAAGUUCCUCAAGAUUUACUUUUGACAAAUAAAUCUCAAACAUACAGAAAAUGUCAGGCAGAAUAAAAAUAAGAUAUUCUAUUUACAUAUCAUGUUCUUUUCUAAAGUGAUAAUCAUUAACCUAAAUCCUCAUAUUUUUCUGGUUGUGUGCUCUUUGCUGCCAUCCUAAUAUAUUUAAACUCUAAUUUCUUUUUGUUAAAAACAAUAACAAUAGCAAAUACUUAGAAAUAUUCUAAGUUACGGAUUUAAAAUAUUCUCUGGUCUCGUAUUAAGAUUUUACUGUGCAUAUUUCCACUUUGUAGAAUAUCCAAUCUGUACUGGUAUAACUAAAACAUAUUUGUAAUUUCUUUCUUUCUUUCUUCUUUUUCUUUUUUUUUUAAAAAUAGUCUCCUUAUCUUGGAAACACAUAUGUAUAAACUCUGUGCUGCACUGGUUGCUAGGGCAAGUCCGUAUAGUCUAUUAAAUAUCAGACCAGAGUAAAUAGACCUUGCAGCAGACCAGAGUCUUCCAGAGUCGCACUGGAGGCCUGUAGACCAUGUCUGCAUUUCUCUUAUAAAUAUAUAGAUAUAUAUUUUCAGAGCUUUCUAGACCUGGAAUGUUAACUCCUUAACUGGUUAACAAGGCAACAAGUGCUAAUGCCCAAGAUGGUGACAUUUUAAGGGGCCUACUAAAUGGAGCCAGUUUGCCAUAGAUCUGUCAACAUUACAAAUAUCAAAAGUUUGGGAACCAUUCUUUUGCCAGAAGGCUUAGGAAUUAAAGUUGCCAUUUAGUUUUUGGCCAGGGAAAUGGAAUAAAAUUUUUGAAUUGGAAUUUAGUAAUUUCAUAUUUUAUCACUAUUCUGAAUCAAAAAUAAUCUAUUGCUAGUAAAUGUCCAUAAAAAUAUUAAGUACCUAGGUUCUUUUAUGUGGUUUACUUAUUUAAAAGUAUGCAGCCAGAAAUAACAAAUACUUAUUUAUGUUUUAUUUAUAUCCCAGGUGUGUAGCUUUUUGCCUGCAUUAUCUUAUGUACCAGCUACUGACCCUCUGGCCACUUAGAAUCCUUGAAAAGUCAUUUUGUCCCCAAAUCUACUUAACUGAGACAUGUUAUCUGAUGUGUAUUUUGUAGUUAAUUAUUCUCAAAUAAUAUUAGUGAUCAUAACAUAGAAUAAAUAAAUGUGAUUAUGUGAGGUAAUGAAAAGCCUUGAAAGAAAAUCGUUUUUUAAACAUGUUAGCUUUACUCUUGGUAAGCAUUUUAGAUUUAAUUCAUGUGGCACAAAGCCAUAGUAUCGUAGCUAUUUCUGUACACUGAAAUGAAUGAAAUCCUUCAUUUCUGUAUUUCAAAGGAUGAGUCAAACUGGAUCUAAUAAAGGAUGUGACACCAUAAUCUUUCAGACUUCAACUCAAAUUCUAAGCAGUCUUAUCCAGAUUAACCUCAUGUUAAUGGAAAGUAGCAUAUAUGUAAGACUUCCCUGUAUCAAAGCUAAAAGAUGCCCAUCAAUUAUGUGCUUGGUCAAGAAGCUGCCUUAGAGAGAACCAUAUUGAUUCAUGUAAGCUAACUUAUCCAUGCACCCAUUCAUAUUGAUUAAAAAGUUCUUACAUUUGAUUCAGCUGACUGUGAAUGACACCAAACCAGUGUGGCCAGCCAAUUUGGGAAUGAGUACUGACAUGUUCAGCAAUUUCGAAUCUUAGAGUAUAAGCAAAAUGUAGGUCACUUACUUUGGCAUUUGGAAAAUGUGCAUUGGUACAUCUUUGAGUCUUCUGAUCUGUCAAUCUCACCAAAAAGAACAAUAACCCAAAGCAAGAUCAAACCAACCCCCCUAAAAUCUACCCAUACAUUUGCAUGUUUAAACACUGACUAAAGGACGGAUUUAGGGGUAAAUUGUACCAUGGUGCUGUUCAGCUUCACAGGUUGGUUAAUGUUAAGCAAACACAUAUUGCAAACUGUGUCUUAUUACAAGGUUGUUUUCUGAGAUUCCAUGAGUCAGGGUCAAAAAUCUGUCCUUUUCUAGCUGGCAGCAGUACUAAUCGAUAAGUUUAACAAGAGAAAUAAUGGUCUAAUAAACAGUAAUAAUACACUUCCAAGCAAAAAGUGUUGAAACUAAUUUAAUUAUCUAAUCAAUUUUGUGAAUAUCACAUCACUCUUAUAAAAAAUAUCAAUAAAAAUUUAUAAUGCCUAAUACCUAGUAUCUCCUUUAAUCCUCACAGUAACCUUGCAUAUGUUUUUUAUUAGAUCCAGUUUUAAAAGAGAAAACUAGGUUCCAGAAUAUUCCCACUCUGAUUUAAUCUCCUUCUUCAACAGAGGUUUAUGAAGUAGGCACCACAUGAGACAUUGACAUUAGAGGCAAUUCUUUAGAUAUAAUCUUCUCUAUGUUCCAGACACUCCGCUGAAUGCUGUAUAAAUAUUAACUUAGUUAAUCCUCAUAAGAGCAGUGUGAGGUAAGCAUUAUUAUUAUUUCCUUUCUGUAGAUAUGGAAACUGAGGCAAACAGAAAAGUCAAACAAGAAAAGGCAAACAACUCAUCCCAAAGUCAGGAAGUUAAUAAGUGACUGAAAUCGGAUUUAAGUCUAGGCAGACAAACUCCUGAAUCUAUACUGUUUGACUCAUGUGUGGUAAAUAAGACACAGUGUCUGCUUUUGAAGACUUGAAAGUCUAGAAGGACAGAUAUAAACAAAUACAUUUCAGUCUGGUCUGUAGGAGGCAGAAACAGGAAAAAGGAACAAAGGAUUAACUCGACCUUUUUUAAUCUCUCAGCAGAUUGGCAGCAGAGUGGAGGUCAGAUCUGAAUCCUUGAAUUUGGACUCCAGAGGCAUGUGCUCUGCAUUUCAUUGGGUGCCCCAUAUUUGAUAAUGAGUUUGAAAUGACAGGAGAAAACAAUAAUGCAUUUACAGGACCAUCACAUGGGAGCCAGAGGAUAAAAAACUGAGCUUCUUUGAACAGGGAAAAAAAAAAAAAGUACUAUACCUCCUAGUAGAUAAGAAUAAAAACAUAGAUGUCUAGAUCUCUCUUCAUACAUGGAACAUAAUUAUAUGUAAAUAUUGCCAGAAUUCUUGUGUAUGUCAGCUUGACUAUAAAGCUCCCUAAUUACUCUAAGGUUUAUGGUCAGUUGGAAUGAAAUACAACCAGAAAUCAGCAAGCAGAAAGCAAGCCUCAAGGCAUGAAGACCCUGAUAAGCCCUGUUAGGGAGCAUCAUAGAUAUACGCUGAUUGAAUAAGGUUGAUUAAUGGCUGAAGACAGGAAAGGAAAACAAAAAAGGGCUAAAGGCUAUUCAUUCCACUCUUCAUCUUUUAGUGAAAAUUUUGAUGAGGAGAAUUAAAUUGAAAAAUUAAAAUUGGAAUUUCCUGUGAACAUAGAAUUUUUAUGUCCAACAACUUUUCCUAGUGGAUAACCCACUUUAAGAUUUCUUUGGCCACUGUGUAAGUAGAGUUACCAUUUAUUUACAUUGCUAAGUUUGUUUAGUCCAAACAGUGGAGAAGGAAUUCCAUGAGAAGAAAGAAAUUUGAUCCUUUGGAAGUGCUGUUUUAUUUAUAGUGUAUUUUAGAGCUAUAGAUUUUUCUCUUUUUUUUUUUUUCAUUAAUAAAAUAGGGCUUGGCACAAAGAAGGUCUGCCAAAAAAUAAGUGUGCGACUUUCAUUUCUACUUGCCAGGGUCCUAUUGUCGCCCUAGGAAUAAUCUACAAUUUUUAUAUGAGGAAAUGAAGUUUACUGACUUCUUGAUAGUACAGUUGGUAGUUGAUGGAGUCAGAAUUGACUCAGGUACCUUUUGAAUUGAAGCCCCAAUCCCAUGCUGAGUACUGGCAUUAUAAAAGAACUUCUUCAGCCUUAGGGAUCUUUACCAUGUCCAAAGACUUCUCCUGCUGGUUGGGAGGGGGUAGGUACAGUUUCAAGACAAAGGCAGUGCAACUUCUCUGUCUUCUUCAGGAAAAGCUAAUACUAAAAGCCUUAAGCAAACUCCAAAGAAAAUACCAUCAACUUUUGAAAACACUUUUGAGAGAAAAAAACACAAGUUAAAUUGCUUGAGUCACUAUGAUUAUUUUCUGUGCAUCUAAAAAUCAGACCACUCAUCCUAAAAAAAACACAGAUCCUUCGCCCACUUGUUACCCUGUCACACUAAACUGCACCUUAUAAAGAAGAUUUAGAAAAUAUAAAUGCUUGCAAAGAAGGACAUGUGUGUCACUGGAAAAUGGUUCAUAUAAUUUGUUUAAGCAUCAACCUCAGGUGAAUUUUAAAAUUAGAAAAAAUGUAAAUAUUUUUAAAAAUUUAAAUAUGUUCUUACUUGAAAAAUAAUUUCCAAAUAUCUUGGAAGGAGUAGAUAAUCAAGAUAUCCAUAGUUAAAUAUUUAAUCCCUAUAAGACCUGUGAUUAGCUCCUUUUUAAUAUACAAUAUUUUGCUUUAUGAUUACUUCAUGAUGGUGUGAAAGUGAUAUAUAUUCAGUAGAAACCAUACCUGGAUUUUUAUCUUUUCCCAGGCUAGCAGUAUGUGGUGUGAUAUUCUUAACAAUGUCUAACUGUAGGCUAAACUGAGUGAGCACAUUCCAAAUAGGCAAGGCUAGCUUAUAAUGUUUGGUAGGUUAAGCAUAUUAAAUGUAUUUUCAGUUUAUGGUGUGUUAAUCAGGUCAUGAUUGUACCAUAAGUCAGGGAGCAUCUACCUCAUGAACCUGAGUUUUUCUGUUCUUAGCUAAUUUAUAGUACAAUAAUCCUUGUGGUCCAAGCACAGAGCAGGGGACCAAGUUCACAUAAGCCCUCUUUCUAAGGAUGCACAGCAGGGAAAAAUUCAUGCAUGCUAUGUAGAUGAUGUUUACUUUUUACAAUAACCUUGAUUAUCACAAUUUCUAACAAAGAACGUGUUCUUGACGUGUCUGAAGUCUUGAGCUCCAUGAGGCACUGGUGAGCUGGAUUUGUUUGUUCUUAUUAUGAACUCAUUUUAGUUGAACAACAACAACAAAAAAAGACAUGGUACCCAAAGCCUCCUGUGACCCCCUAGUGACUGCUCCAUUUGAGUCUCCUCAUCCCAGGAACACCUGGCAACCAAGAGCCCAUCUCACCUCCUUACCUUGCUGUUGCUGUCCUCUCUGCUUGCAGUCUGCUCUCCAUCCCAUUCCUCCUGAGAACUCCUGUCUACUCUUUCAGCUUGAGCCCAGUGUCACCUCUUCAAACAAGUCUUCCUGCCCCAUCAAACUGAGUUGGGAGCCGACUUCUCCUACCCCUUAGAUCUCAAGUGCAUUUCACGCACCAUCUUGUGUCAUCAUGGCCUAGUUAAGCAACAGAUUCAUUUGAGAGACAGCAGGAAAUUGGUUCCCCCUCCCCACAGUGUCACUUGUGUUAGCUUCUAGCAUAAAGUCAGGCAUAGGUGUUCAAUAUUUUUUAUUGAAUGAAUAAGUGAAGCUGUCUGCUUAUAAUGCCAUAAUAGAAAUUGAUUAUUUCCCAUCAUUAUGAAAAAAAAAUUGGCCUCCAUUUUUCUCAAUGGUAUUUUGAGACCUCUUGCAGAUUGGGAAGAAACAAUCCAUCUUUCUGGAACAAAUUGGACACAUAUAAUUUUUUUUUAUCUAGAUGCUAAAUAGCUCAUAAGUGCCCAUUCAGAAUCAGAGAAUUUUUAAGGGUUGAUUGUUUGCUUGUUAAGUACCCCAGAUAUUCUCACUAAAAAUAGAGGUUUAGCUGAUGGCUGGGAUUGAUUAACAAUUGUUGAAAAAACUGAGAGAAGCUUUUUAUUUUUGUAGGUUUUGUUCUAAUUAUCUUUGUUAUUUUCUGAAAAACAAAAAUAUUCUAUAUUUUUUAAAGAUCAGUCAGCACAUGUAGAUGACAAAAAAUAAAUAUUAUCUACCUUUCCUCAUUCUGGAAACAACCACUAUUAAUAUUUUGAUAUAUGUUAUUUCAAGUAUUUUUUCUUUGUAUGUAUUUUUAUAUAUUAUAUACAUAGUUUUUUAAAUAAUUUAGGGAUCAUGUUAUUAUGAGAUUUUGACUCUUACAUUUUACAAGUUAUAAUUUUCCUAUGUUCUUAUUUUCCUGUGAACCCGUGAUUUUCAGUGAUUCCUUACUAUUCCAAGAAGGCAGCUCUCUCCAAAGGAACUAAGAAAUCCUUGCAUAUAAGCAGGAGCAUUUGCUUUACCCUUUUACAAUUGACCCUGAGCAGAAGGAGCUAUUGCAUUAAUAUGACAGAACUCAUCAAUUAGAAUAAUUAGAAUGUCUUAGAAUGUCUCUUGUUGCAACCUUGUAAAUAAGUUCUUUUUUUAGAAAGGUGUUGGAUGCACACACUUUGAAUCAAUGUCUUUAAUAAAGACUUUCAUUCAUUCAAUAUUUAUACAGUACCUAGUGUGAACCAGACAGUCUAUUAUUAAUCAAGGUAAACAAAAUAGGUUGUUUAAAAACUAAUAUAAAUUGGGUGUCUAGACAAAGUUUGAAUCUAUCCUCAAAUCUAAAUAUACCAUCUGCCUGAAUGUCUCCCUUCUGCUGUUGUCCCACUGAAUAAGGUCAAGAUAUUUAUUUUUUCUGAGUCAGCUUUGCUAUAUUUAAAGAAAGACUGGUGUUACCAUUUUUAUACCCAGCCCUCCAGGAAUUUCUCUACUAAAUUCUAUACUAAAGCAACUGAAUUAUAAUUCUCUACUAAAGCAACCCAUAAAGAACAAAAAGCUGAUUUAAUGGUGCCAGAGCUGGCACUGCCCAUUCUUAUAGCAAAGGACAAUCCCAUCGCUCAGUGAGUGUGCUGUGUAGGGCUGCGUUGCACCAUGACCCCCACCAGCAGUAGAAGUGAGCCCUGUACAGAAACCCAUCUUCUCCUCUAUUGAGGAGACAUGCAUGAUUCAGGAAAUCCCAAGUUCCCUGAAAAGGAAAUUAUUUUUUCUCUUUUCACUCAGAUUCCUUUGAACAAUGCGUUUUGGUGAGUGUGCAUUUCUUAUUUCAGCAUUCUGAAUAGGGUACUAAAAAGGCAAACUAGAGUAGGUCUUUGGUCAGUAGGGAUGCUGUUUUUUACAGCAUAGUUUGGUGUUACCAUCAUUUGGGAUGGGAACCUUCUUUUCAAAAGCCCUACUGAGUGCUCCCAGCCCAGCUCCUCCCUAACAGCCUAUUGGGUUACAGCUUCAGGAACUGUUGAGAGUUCAAAUUCAAGUCAGAUGACAUCAGGAUUACAAAGUCCAAGCUCUAAUGAAGCUACAAAAAUCAAAAUUCUUUUGGUAAGAAAUUUGGUUUUCAAAGGAAUAGGAUGGUGGGAAUACCAAAGAGAGCAGAGGAAUUAAUAUAUUGUGACCCAAGAAGAAUGCAAUUUUUAAAACCACCAAUUGUCCUUAAUUAGAAAGGCAGUCAACUCAGCCCAGUAUUGUAUUAAUAUUGCAAUCAUUAUAAAGAACUGAAAUUGACAAGGUGAUUUAGCUGUUUAGGAAGUGUCACUGUAAUAAUCUGUGUGAUUAUACAUCUCUUAGACAUGCUAUUUUCUUAACUAGGCAUUUUAAAGGCUGGGAAUCAUUCUUUAAAGCAAGCUUUUAAGAACUCUUAAUUUAACAGAAUAUCAAUGUAUUAUUUAAAUUGUAAUUACCCAUAAGUUUCACAGACCUUGUAAUCCUUCUUCACCAUAAUAUAUCUGUUUAAGCAGAAGUCUGGAAUGAACUUGUAAUACUUUUCUCUACAUCAUUUAUAUGUGGGAUUAAGAACUGAUGUGGUCAUCAAAAUGGCGAUAUUACCAAAAGUUCUCUAUAGGUUUAAUGCAAUGCCAAUCAAAAUCCCAACGGCAUUUCUUGUAGAAAUAGAGAAAGCAAUCAUGAAAUUCAUAUGGAAAAAUAAAAGACCCAGAAUAGCAAAAACAAUGCUAAGCAGGAAGUGUGAAUCAGGCGGUAUAGCGAUACCAGACUUCAAACUAUACUACAGAGCAAUAGUAACAAAAACAGCAUGGUACUGGUACCAAAACAGGCGGGUGGACCAAUGGUACAGAAUAGAGGACACAGAAACCAAUCCACAAAACUACAACUAUCUUAUAUUUGAUAAAGGGGCUAAAAGCAUGCAAUGGAGGAAGGAUAGCAUCUUCAACAAAUGGUGCUGGGAAAACUGGAAAUCCAUAUGCAACAAAAUGAAACUGAAUCCCUUUCUCUCGCCAUGCACAAAAGUUAAUUCAAAAUGGAUCAAGGAGCUUGAUAUCAAAUCAGAAACACGCCAUCUGAUAGAAGAAAAAGUUGGCUACGAUCUACAUACUGUGGGGUCGGGCUCCAAAUUCCUCAAUAGGACACCCAUAGCACAAAAGUUAAUAACUAGAAUCAACAAAUGGGACUUACUCAAACUAAAAAGUUUUUUCUCAGCUAAAGAAACAAUAAGAGAGGUAAAUAGAGACCCUACAUCCUGGGAACAAAUCUUUACUCCUCACACUUCAGAUAGAGCCCUAAUAUCCAGAGUAUACAAAGAACUCCAAAAAUUAGACAAUAAGAUAACAAACAACCCAAUCAACAAAUGGGCCAAGGACCUGAACAGACACUUCUCAGAGGAGGACAUACAAUCAAUCAACAAGUACAUGAAAAAAUGCUCACCAUCUCUAGCAGUCAGAGAAAUGCAAAUCAAAACCACCCUAAGAUACCAUCUCACUCCAGUUAGAUUGGCAGCCAUUAUGAAGUCAAACAACAACAAGUGCUGGCGAGGAUGUGGGGAAAAGGGUACACUUGUACAUUGCUGGUGGGACUGCAAAUUGGUGCAGCCAAUUUGGAAAGCAGUAUGGAGAUUUCUUGGAAAGCUGGGAAUGGAGCCACCAUUUGACCCAGCUAUUCCCCUUCUUGGUCUAUUCCCUAAAGACCUAAAAAGAGCAUGCUACAGGGACACUGCUACAUCGAUGUUCAUAGCAGCUCAAUUCACAAUAGCAAGACUGUGGAACCAACCCAGAUGCCCUUCAAUAGAUGAAUGGAUUAAAAAAAUGAGGCAUUUAUACACAAUGGAGUAUUACUCUGCAUUAAAAAAUGACAAAAUCAUAGAAUUUGCAGGGAAAUGGAUGGCACUAGAGUUGAUUAUGCUAAGUGAAGCUAGCCAAUCCCUAAAAAACAAAUGCCAAAUGUCUUCUUUGAUAUAAGGAGAGUAACUAAGAACAGAGUAGGGACGAAGAGCAUGAGAAGAAGAUUAACAUUAAACAGGGAUGAGAGGGGGGAGGGAAAGGGAGAGAAAAGGGAAAUUGCAUGGAAAUGGAAGGAGACCCUCAGGGUUAUACAAAAGAACAUACAAGAGGAAAUGAGGGGAAAGGGAAAAAUAAUACAAGGGGGAGAAAUGAAGGUCAGUAGAGGGGGUAGAGAGAGAAGAGGGGAGGGGAGGGGAGGGGGGAUAGUAGAGGAUAGGAAAGGUAGCAGAACACGACAGUCACUAGUAUGGCAAUAUGUAAAUCAAUGGAUGUGUAAUUGAUGUGAUUCUGCAAUCUGUAUUUGGGGUAAAAAUGGGAGCUCAUAACCCACUUGAAGCAAAGUGUGAAAGAUGAUAUAUCAAGAACUAUGUAAUGUUUUGAACAACCAACAAUAAAAAAAAAAAAAGAACUGAUGUGGACGAGGCGGGUCUCUUUCAAAGAGGAAAGACAGAGACUGUCAAUGUA